AUUAUAGUCCACAGCAUCACUGCGCCGCGUCCAUCAGCAACAACAGCCCAUCGCCAUACCCAUCCGUAUCGUUCCCAAGCACAAAUCGACAUAAUUCGAAGCCAUGGCAGGUGUGAAUAUGGAGGACAUUGAGUUCCGCGAGACGAACCUCGAUCGAAUCGCUAAAUCAUGGUCCCUCGCUAUGGGCUACUCGCAUGAGCGCAUACAGAAAGUACACGACUUGACAGACGAGGAAAUGCGCCAUGCCGCGAACGAGGGGCACGUUGUGCUCGAGACUGUCUGUCUCUUCAUUCAUUCCAGUAUAAAGCGAGCCCAGUUCAAGCUGCCAUGCGACUUUUGGAGUAUACUGCUUCACGAGUUUGGAAUAGUGGUGUACCCCAGUGCCAUGACGGAGGCGGUGGAUUUACACGGUGUCAACGUCGACAAGACCUUUACAGACUGCUACCAUGGGCACAUUGUUAUGCUUGGCCGACGACGGAGUAAUGGCCCACCGCCGUGUCCUUUCGAAUACCUGCGGCAGCCACCGCCCGUAUACAAGAAGAAUACCUCUGACGAGGAGGGAUCAGAUACCGACGAGACAGACUCGGGGAUAGGCUGCGAGAAGUGCUGCGAUGGGUGUGCGCAGGACUGACUGGGAAUGAUGUGAUGAUGAAUGGCAAGGACUGGGUGUCGACCGACUGUCCACACUGGAGC